AUGCCGGCAAUGAUAACAGGCCGUACCCUUCUACGAAAGCCCCUGCCACCGCUAGAUAUUAGCCCUUAUCACACCACGUCAAGCGCAUUGCAUGAGGGAAGAUUCCUCGGGACCUUACACAACUGGCCAAACUUCUUCCAAGAUGUGAAGCAAUUUGAGAAUAACCAAGACUGGUCCCCGAGCUUGCUAGGAUGGAGCCUCCAGAGUAGACGGGUUGAUACGGAAUUUGUUGCCAUUGGCGAUGAGCACGGGCUUCAAGGGCGAUUCCAGCAAUCUGUGGGCCAGGUUGUUGGAUCAGUGUUGAAUGCUCAAAACAUCGCAGUGAAAUUUGGAGAUUCCAAAUCAGCCAAUAUUGCUAGUGUCUAUUCCGGAUAUACCCUCACGCCCGAUGUGGCACUUAUUUCAACCGACCCAGUCGACAUUGACCAGAUCCAGGCUAUGUGGGAGUUGAAAUACCCCUGGGUGAAUGAGCACAAGUUCAAAAAGUACCCGACAGCCCAGCGCAAAGCCAAAUUAUUUGCGCAACUCAUCGGAUAUAUGUUGGAUCUUCAACUGAGGUAUGGUUUGUUAUCAACCUAUGAUAGCACAGUAUUUCUAAGACAAGGGUUCAAAAAUGGGGAGUGGGUUGUGGAGUAUUCUCCAGUCGUGGAAGCGUCGUUUGAUGGUUCUGAUACUAUGGGGAAUGAGCCUCCAUCGCUGAGGCAAUGUUUCGCGUAUCUGAGUAGUCUUAAGAAAAUGCAAUGA